AUGGACCCGGACAUGGCGUGCAUAGGCAGGAAACGGUUUCUGGAUGCCGGGGAGUCGGCAUUCCGCGAUACAAAGCGAAGACUGAUUGAAAAUUUCACGGAUCUCCACAUCGGUGCUGGAGGCCCGGGGUAUACAAGCAAAUCCAUGUUUGAGAGCGAGUAUCUGAACUCUGCGCCGCAACACAGCCCAGCAAGCGACCGGGUCGUGAUAUCCAACAUUGACCAGUUCCUGAGAGAGAACCCAGACCCUCUGGAAGGCGAGAAGGUGGACCUUUCGAAUGUGGACCUGAACAAACUAAUCAUACCAAACGUGGCGGAAGGCCGGCGCGUGAACGAGCUCAGUGAGCUAUACGAUCGAUAUGUGCGCAGUCAAGGUGCUCUCGUCAAAUACUAUAAUCCCGAAAUGCUCACAUACUCGCGAUAUAUAGACUCCAAGGACCUCAAGGGAAAGAUUGAGGAGCUUGACAGCGACGACGAAGAUACGCAGGUCGCACAGGACGAGGACGUGGAGAUGGAGAUCGACUAG